AUGAAGAUUCUUCCGGUUGGAUCACGGUUUUGUCCGACGGAUCUAGGGUUGGUGAGGCUUUAUCUUCGAAACAAGGUGGAGAGAAAUCAGAGCAGUUUCAUAACAACUAUGGACAUCCACCAAGACUACCCUUGGCUUCUUCCUCACGUAAACAAUCCUUUGUUCAAUAACAACGAGUGGUACUACUUUGUUCCGCUUACUGAACGAGGUGGCAAGAUAUUAAGCGUACACCGGAAGGUAGCCGCAAGAGGAGGAAGCGAAGGCGGCACUUGGAGAAGCAACGAUGGGAAAAAAGAGAUCAAGGACGGACACAUGCAAAAGGGUGAUGGGUUACGAGCAAGUGAUGACCUCCAAAAGGUUGUCUUGUGUCGGAUCCGAUACAAGAAAGAGGCGAACGUCAACGAGUUUGGACUCGUUAACCAUCAGGCUCAUCAGACUCAGGAUGCUUUAACCGGUUUUGCUGAUCAGCUUGAGAUGAUGCUAGAGGGACAAGAAGACCGUGAGCAGAAAGAAGAGGCUGAUUUAACCGGUUUUGCUGAUAGCCUUGAGACGAUGCUAGAGGGACAAGAAGAUCAUGAGCAGCCAGAAGAUGCUGAUUUAACCGGUUUUGCUGAUAGCCUUGAGACGAUGCUAGAGGGACAUGAAGAUCGUGAGCAGCCAGAAGAGGCUGAAUUAACCGUUACUCAACAACAACAACAACAACAACAACAACAACAACGUCAAGAAGAUUGUGACGUUACUCAAGAGCAAGAAAAAGAUGAUGUGAUGGUACUGAUAAACAAUCCUAAUGAUGCCCUCGCAUUGGGGAAUUAUGAGAUUAUUGAUCUAACUAGGGUUGAUAAAUGA